UUCCACCCGGAACAAAAGUAUUGUAAAAAUACUUCAUGCGCUCUUGCACUCGCUUAAAACAUUUCGUCAACGAUGGUGGUCCUCUUAUCCUGGAUGGCGGACUGGCAACGGAACUGGAAGCCCAGGGUUUCAAUUUACAGGUAGAUCCGUUGUGGAAUGCCAGGCUUUUACAUACGAAUCCCCAGGCUAUCAGAGAUGUUCAUUACAGGUUUCUUCUCAGCGGUGCUGAUGUUAUCACAACAGCCACAUACCAGGCGAGUAUAAGAGGUUUCAUCAAAUACCUGGGCCUGACUUCGGAACAAGCCGGGGAGCUGCUGAUGUCUGGAGUUCAUCUUGCCAGAGAGACUGUGAAGAAAUGUCUCUCUGACAGUAACUUGACAGGACAAAGAUGCCCCUUUGUGGCUGCUUCUGUUGGACCGUACGGGGCGUUUCUUCAUGAUGGCUCAGAGUAUUCUGGAUGUUAUGCAGAUGAGAUGAGCAUUGAGGAGCUUAAAGUUUGGCAUCGACCACAGAUGGAGAGCUUGGUUACAGCAGAACCUGAUCUCAUUGCUUUUGAGACCAUACCAAGUAUCAAAGAGGCGGAGGCUCUGAUGGAGCUGCUCAGAGAAUUCCCAAACUCUAAAGCCUGGCUCUCAUUCUCCUGUAAGGAUGGGAAGUGUAUAUCAGACGGCAGCCCGUUCACUGCAGCAGUCCAGCUCACCAACAGGUCGCAACAGCUGGUUGCUGUGGGAGUCAACUGCUGCUCCCCGAGGCUGGUGGAGCCUCUGCUGGACUCUGCUAUGUCACUGCUGAGCCCUGACCUGUGCUGGGUGGUCUACCCCAACAGUGGAGAGGAGUGGGACACUGAGCAUGGGUGGCAAACUUCUACAACGUCAUCUUCGAUAUCCAAACUGUUUCCGACGUGGGUGAAGCAAGGUGCAGCGCUGAUCGGAGGAUGCUGUCGUGUCGGUCCUGCUGAGAUCGCAGAGUUACAGCAGCAGGUAAAAGGACGCGGCGGUUUCCAGGCCGCCGCAGCAGCACACUGACCUUAGGAAACCAUCAGAACCUCACCACUGUCAAUGCCACACAAACUAUGUACAGAAUAAUUUAAAUAUACAAUUCUGAUUGUUUACAUUGUGUUACAGUGGUUGUGUGAAU